AUGCGAAGCUGCUCCAGUGCUCAUCCAAUUAAAUGAGGAUUGCACAGCCGACUUUGAGGCGUAAGUAUUCUUUGAUGACAGUGAGCAACAAAAGUAUUCUGAUCAAUUUUUAAAAGUGCAAAACGCAAUGCGGAUGCUAUCGACGAAACUACAGUUCUCUGCACUAAUCUCGAACUGGCAACUGAGAAAUUUGGACAGCUCCAUAAACAGAAAUAUGAGUUAGAUCGGGGCAUGACUGUGACGACCAAUGCAGUUGUCAUAACAAAGGACCAGAGCAACUUGAUAGGCAUUAGCAUUGGUGGAGGAGCACCAAUGUGUCCCUGUCUCUAUAUAGUACAGGUAUUUGAUGGCACACCCGCUGCCCGGGAGGGAUCCUUACAAUCUGGAGACGAGUUGUUGGCCAUCAAUUCGGCCAGUGUAAAGGGCAAGACGAAGGUAGAGGUGGCCAAAAUGAUACAGACAGCCACCGAUGAGGUCACCGUACAUUAUAACAAACUUCAUGCGGAUCCUGAACAGGGCAAAAGCCUCGACAUUAUAUUGAAGAAGCUGAAGCAUCGCAUUGUGGACAAUUUGUCGAGUAAUACGGCGGAUACAUUGGGUCUCUCCCGAGCCAUACUCUGCAAUGAUUCGCUGGUCAAGCGACUGGAGGAGCUGGAAGGCACCGAACUGAUGUAUAAGGGAUUGGUGGAGCAUGCUCGUCGCAUGCUCAAGGCGUACUAUGAUCUCUUGCAAACCUACAAAGCUUUCGGAGAUUGUUUCACACAAAUCUCGGCACAUGAGCCGCAACAACGCGCCUCGGAAGCAUUUCGUACCUUUGGCGAGUUCCAUCGAUCCCUGGAAAAGGACGGCCUGACAAUUAUCAAACAGAUAAAGCCAGUGUUGGCCGAUCUGGGCACGUACCUGAACAAAGCCAUACCAGAUACCAAGUUGACUGUGCGUCGUUAUGCGGAUGCCAAGUUCACAUAUCUCUCCUACUGCCUGAAGGUCAAGGAAAUGGAUGACGAGGAGCACGGAUUUGCGGCGCUGCAGGAGCCGCUUUAUCGCGUAGAGACGGGCAACUAUGAGUACCGAUUGAUCCUGCGCUGUCGCCAGGAUGCCCGCACCAAGUUUGCCAAAUUGAGGACCGAUGUGCUCGAGAAAAUGGAGCUGCUUGAGUGCAAACAUGCCAUGGAUUUAAAUAAGCAACUACGCAGUCUGCUCGAAAGUCUGGCAGAGUUGCACAGAAGUCUGGUGGAACGAUUGGACUCUCUACCUCCCCUCUUUCCCAUCGAGGUGGACUUUAAGGAAACUGAUUUCCAAUACAAAUCAAGUACACUGAAGCCUCAAGAGCUGGACGAUGAUGAAAUUCAGUCUUUAAACAACUCGAAUAAAGUAGUUUAUGGCAUGGAUGCCUUGGAGCAACCUGCUCCCAUUAUAAAUGUGGAGGCCAAAGAAAUUCUAGUUCAAACUGCAACUGAAUCCAUUGUCAAUGAAAAUGAAACGCUGCUCAAGGAACUCGGACUGCACGACGUGGACUUGCUGUCCAAUCCACAAACAAUUAGCAAUCAGAAGGACUCAAUAUCCGCACAAAAUGAUGGCUACGAUUUCGAUCUAUUCCUGAAUCAGGCAAAUGCCAAGACAAGCCUCGAACGGGACUUAAUGUCGGCUAAUGCUUCCGAAACCGAUUUACUUUUGCAAUGAACUUCUUUUAUUGUUGUUGUACAAAUAAAAUGCGUGUAUAAAUGUGUUA